AUGCCAGUCAACGUCGCGCUCAUCGGAGGAGGAAUCUGGGCCCGCGAGGAGCACCUCCCUGCUAUCGAAGCGGCGGAGGAUCUCGAACUCACGGCCGUUUAUUCUCGCUCUGUAUCAUCCGCCCAGUCGAUCGUGGAUAUUGCUGCGCGACCUCUCGAGCUGUACUCGGACGAUUCGGAGCGCGGCUACAAGGACCUCCUCGCCAGAUCCGAUAUUCAGGGCGUUGUCAUCUCGCUACCGAUCGCGAACCAAGCGCCGUACAUCAAACAAGCCCUGCUGGCCGGGAAACACGUCCUGUCGGAGAAGCCUGUCGCGGAGAGUGUUCAAGAAGCUGAAGAGCUGAUCCUAUGGUAUCGCUCUGAAAUUGUGAAUGCAACCUGGGCAGUGGCAGAGAAUUUCCGUUUCUUGAAUAGCUUCGACUUUGCCGCCGAGCAGAUCAAGUCUCUUGGUAGGAUCGUGGGAUUCCAGGGUCGAAACCAGGGGUUUAUUGAGAAGGACUGGAAAUUCAACCUCACCGAGUGGAGGCGAAAUCCUACCCACCAGGGUGGCUACAUUCUUGAUGGCGGCGUUCACUACAUAGCCACCCUUCGAACGCUUCUUGCCGCGCAGCCUGGGAAUGAGAUAGCUCGUGUCUCGGCUUUUACCGGUCUCGUUCAACCAUAUCUUCCUCCAGUCGACACAGCGGAUGCGAUUCUGCGAACGAGAUCGGGCGUUACCGGGACAUUCCAGAUUUGGCGAGGGACGAGUGUCAAGGCUGAUGAAUGGACCAUCGCUUGCGAGAACGGGUCGGUGACAGUACUGUUUGACAAGGUAAUUGUGAAUCGCAAUGGACAGGAGGCCGUUGAAACUGUUCCAAAUGAAAGGAGCGGUGUCCCCCCUGUAGUUCGGGCCUGGGGCAAGAGCCUUGUCAGUGGAAAGCUGAGCUGGGAGCAAGAGCCCGAGGCUGCCCUUGGGGAUCUCGAGUUGAUCGAACUCAUUCUGCGGAGUGGAGAGCAGGAAGGGACACCAUUGGACUGCAAGUACCAGGCGGCACACAGUUAG